CGGCUUAAGCUAGAGAGACCAUUUUUCAAACAUUUGGUACAUGCAACAAUUUGCAUUUGAAAUCUGGCUGUGAAGAAAGCAUUUAUUGAGAAAAUAUCUACUAUCUCGGAGUGUCUCACCCAGCAUUCAACAGCAUUGGUCUAUGUCAAAAACUGAAAACACCCCCGUCCACGUGUCGCAAUCUGGCUGGCCGAUCACCGCCGUUGGCCUCCACGUGCCCCCUUCUGGAACUUCCAGCAGCGUACACGGUGCCCCAGGCGUCGAACCCUAGGUGCCCCUCUUUUGGCGCCCGUAAUCGCCACAUCCCCGCUUCCCAUUGGCUGCUGCCCCGGGCCCCACACCCCUAUCCCCUCCCAUUGGCUGCUCACGCCUACUCCCACGUGGGUCCCCCCACGGCCGUAGCGCCACGUACCUCCCUCCACCAAUCGCAUCCCUCGCACGAGUCACCCCCCUCGCACGUACCACCCCCUUUAUAAAUCCCUUCUCCCCGGCCACCUCUCCUCGUAAAACCGUCUCUCGACAUUUCUAGGGCUGGUUUACAUUUUGGGAGAGGAAAAAAUAUACAUUAAAAAAAAAAGAAAAAGGAAAAAAAAAUGGAUCAAAGGGGAGGGUGCUGUAUAGCGCGCUACUCCGGGAGUGUGUACGAUAUCUCUAAGGUGGAUAGGAUAAUGCUGAAGUUUCGUCCAAUCGCUCCGAAACCGGCUUCCGCCAACGGAUCUCUUUCCGGCGGAGGAAGCGGAAGCGGAAGCUCCAGCUCCGCCUCGCCGGAGAGCAGCGGCGCGAGAACUGGCCGCGGGAAGAGGAAGCAUGCCGCGAAGGACGGCAGUGCUGGUAAGAGGUGUGGUCGGAGGAAAAGGAGGUGCUCGCCGGCGAAGACCGACUCCGGCGGAUCGGUGAGCGGCGGCGAGAAGGAUCCGAUCAAGACGCUGCCGCUGCUUCCGGAGGCGCCCGACGUGAGGGAGGAGGCGACGGCGGCGUCGAGGCAGAGGUAUCCCCUGUGGCUGAGCUUCGAGAACGGCGGGCGGGCGGAGGCGGUGGGGCGGCGGGUGGUGGCGUCGUCGUGGGUGAAGGUGGAAUGCGUGACCGACACGUGGCUGGCGGAUUUCUAUCCGUACGGGGGGAUAGGGAACACGGACGCGGAGAGGGUGAGGAGCCUGGAGGCCGACACGUGUCCGGGUUUCGUGACCGACGGUUUGAACCGGGUGCGGUGGACGAACCCGGCGUACAGGCGGAUGGCCGCCGGGGAGGCGGCGGCGGCGGGGGAGGGGGAGGUGGCGGCGUGGUUGGCGGUGGCGGAGGGGGUGGCGCUGCCGACGCGGUGCGCGGCCUUCACGUGCAGGGUGAGGCUGGUCACGUGCGGGAACGAGAAGGCGUCCAAAACGGUGCCGUGCGACGUGUGGAGAAUGGAGUGUGGAGGGUUUGCAUGGAGGCUGGAUACCGCCGCAGCGCUCUCGCUCUGGAUCGGUAAUUAGGUUAAUCAAUCUCGAUUAAUCGCUAAUUGUCGUCUCUAAUCGUAGUAUCACCGCUCGGUUAUGACCACGAGUUCUUGUAAAUUGUAAAUACUUCUUUGUUUUUAUUUCUUUUUUUUCGUUUUAGCAGUUUUGAACCCUUUUUUUUGUCUCCUCAAUCAUAUGACAUGAAAGCGUGUUUUUAUUUUCUAA